AUGUCUGCUCAACCACUAUCACCAGCUCGUAAAGCAUGGUAUAGAUGGAAAGCGCUCCGUCUUCCAUGGCGAAAACGCUUUUUCGUUGGACUCGACCUCCAAAACAAUUCCUUUUGGGAGUUCCGCGACGCUAUAAACGCAGGCCGUAUGCGCAGAAUAGUACAAACACUACCUUCAACACAAUACUCAGAUGUACAGAUAACCCCGCAAUGGCAUCAAUGGCUACGACAUACUCGGAGCGAUGCGCCGAGUUUAGAAGAAUUAGUAGGGGAUGUGGCGAGGCAGGAAAGAUUGAAGAUUUUGGCGAGACAGGCGGAUGAGAGGUGGAAUGCAAAGGCGAGUUUUCUGGAUCAACCAAAGGCGGUGCAGCAAGCGUUGCCGGUUACGCAAGUUAGGGAUGGAGGGGGGUAUACCGGGGUGGAACCGAGAGGGGAUGGUAAGGGUGUGGCGAAUGCUGUUGUGGGAGUGGGUGAAGAGACGGAGAAGGAGGAGGCAGUACAAUCGACAAAGACAAAGUCAGCCCAGGGUGAGAUACAGCAUGAUGUGGACACGCAACUGAAAGAGGAGAAGAAGUACAAGGACGAUCCGUGGGAAAAGGCAAAGGGAGGACCAAGUGAAGGGUGGCAACCUCGAGCUUGGAAUCCUAACGAUAUGCCAGUAGCAAAGAGAUGA